AUGACUGCAGAUAUCAAGAAGAAUAAAGUUCGAAACGAGGAAUACAAGAUCUGGAAGAAAUCAGUACCAUUUCUUUACCAGCACAUUUCUAGCGUAAGGCCACGAUUUGAUAGUCGUGUGGAGGAUACAUCUAAAUUUGAAAAGAGAUUAACGUUUACAGAUAAAGUUGUUCCCGAUAAGAAGAAGGGUCUUUUGACUACGAGUGUCCUUUAUUCGCAGGGAAGCGAUAUUUAUGAAGUUGAUUGUGAUUUACCACUAGGAGCGUUUUAUCGCAAACCAGAAGGUGAAGCAAGUGAAUCUUUGCCCGAUCCAGAUUACGGUGAUGCGUUUGCAAGGGCCGAGAAGGAAGCACCAGCAGCGAAAUGGACUUUCCAAGGUGAAAAUAUUACUAAAUUGACUUAUAUGAGUAAUGGGCUUGCCGAUAGUAAUGUAUUAGCCAUGUCCACAAACGGUUCGCUAGCUUGGUUCAGAGAUGGUAUCAAGGUACCAGUCCAUAUUAUGCAAGAGAUGAUGGGUCCUGGUACAAGUUUCUCGAGCAUUCAUUCCUUUAAGAGACCUGAUUCCUUGGCAGUGUCCGAUUUUGCGCUAUCCGAUGAUUGUGAAACCCUUGUCAAGUGUCAAUCAAAUGGUAAAGAGGAGGAAAGUAUUCUUAAGAUAGUUGAUAACUCAGGAACUCCCGGUGAAGUCCUGCGUAGAAUCAAUGUACCCGCGACAGUGACUCACUCUGUGAGAUUCUUCGACAACCACUUGUUUGCAACAUGCUCCGACGACAACGUUCUGCGGUUCUGGGAUACAAGAACCGAGGGUAAGUCUUUGUGGGAGUUGAAAGACCCCAAGAACGGUAGAAUCAUGUCGUUCGAUUCAUCUCCUGUUGUUGACACCCUGUUUGCCACAGGUACAAGUACCGGUAUCGUCAAGGUGUGGGACGUGCGUGCCGUAGCAGCCGCUACAGCGGACUACACAAACAGGCAGCAUGGUCAGGACCCUGUGCAAAACGAAUUGAUCAAUUUUUACCACUCUGGUGGCGAUUCCGUUGUAGAUGUACAAUUCUCACACACCUCAUCUUCAGAAUUCUUAACCGUUGGUGGCAGUGGUAACAUAUAUCAAUGGGAUCUAACAUAUUUCUUCUCCGAGUUUGACGACGACAACGCGGACACUAUGGACAUGGAUAUCGCCAAGGCCGAUCUAUUGCAAAGUCAGUGUCUAAAAUUCCUACAUACGGGCGGCAGUAGAAGGUCGACCGGUCAAAACGGUAAGAGAAAUACCGUAGCAUACCACCCAGUGAUCGACGAUCUAAUCGGUGUGGUAGAUCACGACAGCUUGAUUACCGUUUAUAAGGCAUUCACUGGCAGAGAGGAAGAAGACGAAGAAGAGAAGAAGGAUGAAGAAGCUGAUGCGCCUGAUGCGCCGGAAGAGACUGCUGAAUAA